AUGGCGAACCAGGAAUUUUCUAGCAAAUCGCAAGAGUUUUGGUAUAUUAUGGGAAAGGUGAUGUCCUUUUUUCCGGUAAUUGCUCUUGUUGGCUGUAUCAUUGCUUAUUGCGUUGGAUCUAGUCGCGAAAACUAUAUCAAACAAUAUAACGCUGCUGUAAGUGACUGGAUGAAUGGAGGACAGGAAGAGUUCAGUGGGCUGUUUUUCAAUAUGACAGACGCUUCUGGUAUUGAAUAUUUCCAUGUUGUGAACCAGACUGAUGGUCUUUAUUAUCCUACACGAGACUCUUGUAAAAUGAAAGGAGACCCUAAAGUGGGGUGCCAUUAUACCGGCGCGCUGUAUUACGAUGAAGAUAUCGUUUGGAUGAUGCAUGACAACUACUUCACUAUCUAUGAUAGGGAAGGAAGACUCAUCGUGAACCGUAAGGUUAACGGUUUCAUGAACAUCACCUAUACUCCUGAGGAGUUGCGCUGCGGUCACACGCUAAAGUAUUGCCAAAGUAUGUGUGAAGCCAAGUCUGGAACCUGGGAUCCUGACAACUCCAUUUGCAAUGUAAUUUUGUACGCUAAUCGGAUUUGCUUCCGUCUGAAGCAGCAAGACGGCGCAUGGGUUUUGGAUGAUGACAACUCGCGGAAGCUGCCUCCCAACCGAAAUUAUAAAUUCGAAUCCGAUGGUUUGGGAUGCACGUAUGAUAACAACUGGAAUUCGAUUCAUUACGGAACCGUUCAUUAUUCGAACAUCCGAAUUAACCUUCGAUCGGUGAAGGAUUCGUAUUUGGUAGCCUCUGCGUACACGCACGGCUGCAGCAAUCAGGCAAAUCUGGACGAACAAUGCUUUGGCUUGCCACGAUACCAGGAAAAGUCGGGUAUCGUGAUAGGCUUCUUUAUUUCGCUUGGAUUUGUUGCUUUCGUUCUUUUGUGUGUUUGCAUUUUGGCGAUUGCAUCAAAGCUGAAAUUCAAGAAGGCAGUGCGUGAUUCGAUGCGAGAAAACAAGGAUCCGCUGCUUACUGGCACAGUCUAAUUGAUUGAUUGAUUGAUUAAUGGAUUGACUGAGAAAAGAAA